UUAAUAGCGUAAUUAAUGUCAAGUUAAACCUUGAUAAGGAGAAAUUGUCUUGUGUGCAACGCUGGAAAAUAUUGAUUUGCAAUUUACAUCAAAAUCAAAGUAACACCGAACACCACAGUUGUAAUUGAUUCGAGCACGUAUCAUGCUUACUUUAAAACAUGUACUUUACAUAAAUUUUUUGUUUAGAUUAUGAUUUCCUGUUGUGGAAAGAAUCCUUCGAACGUAUGCUAUUUUCUAGAGGGAUUGCAUCGUAGCCGUAAAAAGAAUCUGUCUUACAUCUACCUGCUAACAUAGGGACAGCUUGAUGAUAAACAAACGCAAGCAUCAUGGCGGCAUCUCUAGCAGUUGCCCAUUAGAUUGGACCGCUUAAGAUUCUGGAGACGGACAGCUUUUUACCAGUUCUACUUCGAUAUUUAUUCCCGGUAAAGAGUCUUGCUUUAAUGCAGUGCAAUUGUUAUAAUUCACUAGUAGUUGAAGAUCCCUGCUGUUGAGAGAAAAAUAACCAUGGAAGCUGAUCAAUUAUGGAAUAUCUUUGAAAACCACGGUCUCAAACUACCAGAUUAUUUGAUCAAGCUACUGUUAUGUAGUGGAUAUGAUAACCUCCAAUCACUGUCCAAAUUAGUAACUCAACAAUUGAUUGAUGAACUGGAAAGCUAUGCAACAGAUUGUCUGGAUGCAGCUGACAUAGGUGUCUCUGAAAUUGAAGCAAAAUAUUACUUCAGUCGGCAAACAAUGAAAUUCCACAUUCUACCAGGACACAAACAUUUGCUUAUUGCUGCAGCUGAAUUGGCAGUUAAAAUGUUGCAUCUUUCUGACAAUGAUAAUGAAUCUGAACACGAAAAAGUACGCGAAGAACAUGAUCAGUCAUUGUUAAUGGAUGAUGAAAAAUCAGGCCACAAUGGCCUGCAUUUUCUUUCAGAAUUCUCUACACUUGGUAGCAGAACUGUGAAUCAAAAAAUUGUUUUGGCAUCAAGUAGUCCUGAAGCGCUCUCAUCAGUCGAAGAAGAACAAAACUCACUUGUAGAAUUUCUGAAAACAUGGAUUGCUCGUAAAGUCCUUUCGGGCCGUUUGGCGCCCUUCCUUUUUGAUGUUGACUACAGGAUUCAAGUGUACCGCCCGAAGUCGUGCAACCAAUCAACGCGGACAGACAUCUAUUCAUUCGUUUGCCUUCGCUGUAACACGACGAUCAGAGCAUUUAAACGGGCCAAUGGUCAAAAUUGGAAUGCGGCAAAUGUCUGCCGUCAUAUUACAACUGUUCACUUUCUUACGGAACCCUCAAAAACACAGAACGAGUAAUUCGAAGUCAAACUACCUUGUGUCAAGCCUUUCGACUCCACCCCUUUCAGAUUCGCCGCCAAACGAACAAGAUCCCCUUAACUAAAUGUUUCAUUAUUUAUAUUGAUCAUUUAUAAUAGUUGAAUGAGACGCUAGUUUUUUUGUUUUUUUUUACUCGAAUCGUAAAUAUGUUGUAUGGCCUCAGUUAAAAGUAUGUUUCGUUUUUCGCCGUUCAGUCACAAGAUUAUGUCCCCUUCCUCCAUUUUAAAAGGCGGUCAUCACUAACGGUCAUCUCAUUUCAUUUGACCAUAGCCUACUUCUUCUAAAUUUAUUCCGGAAGGUUUAGCAGGAUUUCUCCACGCCCCUAUAAUUAUAUUUUCCUGCUGAAUUCCAUUGUCAAGCACCAAGCUGAAGAACACAGGGAGGGCUUAACGGCCGCUGAGCUUGUAUUUUCUUUUCAUAGCCUUUUGCCGACUGCGACGGAAACAAUCGCCUUAUUUCACAUAACUCUCCUUUUGGAGGUGAUGAACAAUCCGGAUUAUUUGGAAAGAUGCCAGCGGAUUUGCAUCUUAUCGAUUUAAAGAGAAGAGUUGUUUACUAGCAUGUAUUGUUUUCAGCAAGUUCUGCUAAAUUUUUAUUCACAUUUAAAAAAUUCUCCCUUCCACGCCUUCGACUUCAGGGCGUUGAUCAACCAGUCCUUCGAGACGAACACAGUUAAUUCUCAAGAUGGAGAAGUGAUUCCUGCAAACUGUGGAGAUAUAUUAAAUAUAUAUAUAUAUGUAUACUAGCUUGAAUAAUUAAUUUAACAAAAUAAUUACAGUUGAUUCUCAUGUA